UAUUGAGAAACAUAUUUACCAUCGUCGCCACCGUCUCGACAAACUUGUGGCUCUUACCGGUAGGCACAUCUAUGGGUCCAUGCAGAUACCAUGGGGUUAAGGGACAAAUUCCAACGAGUAAAGGACUCUCUACGUAGGGAGCCCACCAGAAACAAUUCUCGUCACUCACCAGGUGUUGUCAAGCAGCUUGUAGAAUCCACCAUUACAUCUGCUUCUCCGUCAACGUCUACUUCCACGAGUCUACUGGGAGCUACUAAUAAUGCCGCUGAUGUCACUGCGGGAGUUCAAUCUUCACGCGAUCCGGAAUCCGCAACGAACAUCCCAAUUGUCCGAACCAAAUCCCAUGGGACCAAGCAAUUGGACAAGUCGGAGGAUCUUUGGCUGCAAGCCUGUGACAUUUUAAAAUUCCAGGAGCCGGAAUUGAUGGACGAUUACUCUCGAAUUCUUGUCCGUGAAGCAGAUACAACGCCUGGGAGCAGCUCUAUACAGGAUGUGCCAAUAUCCAAUGACACAUUAAUAAAAUUGAUGAAAACAAAGCUGGACGGAUUUACAAUUCUCUCAAGUCGAUCUGGGGAUAAGAUUGAAAAAGUCGUCAAAGUUGUGAUAGCAGCCAAGACUUUUAUUGGGUCUACUCUUGAGAGUGAGCCACAUGCUGCUAUAGCUUGGGCUGGUGUCUCCAUGUUUCUCCCUCUUUUAAUCAAUCCCAUCACAGAGAAAGCGGGCUGUCGUGAAGGGCUAGAAAAGAUCCCACCACUCAUUGAUCGAUAUGCUCUCCUUGAGGACUCUAUCCGGGACCCAACAAGUACCAAUGAGCAUCGGAGCAGUGCUGUAAUGUUGCAGCUAAGGAAAGCCAUAAUUCAACUAUACACCAAAAUCUUACUUUAUGAAGCUCGAGCAAUCGUCCAAUUUUGCGGGAACUCCAUCACCGGAUAUUUUCGAGAUGCCUUGAAACUUAAUGACUGGACAACUAUGUUUAAGGAAAUGAAUGAGCUUGAUCACCAAUGUAGAGAUUUGAUCCAUGCCAUUGAUCGUGAUUUAAACCGGAGAACAGUUGAAAAGCAACAGACCCUGCUAGCUAAGACGUUAGAUGAGUCAAAAUCUUCACAGGAAGCCAGAGAUCACCAGGAGUGCUUUCCGUCCUUUCGAAAUGGAAAUUUGUAUGAACUGCAAAAAAAUCAAAAUCCCUCUCGCAUCCCAGGAACUUGCAAAUGGGUCCUUGAGCACCCCACAUUCAUCAAUUGGAAAGAAGGAAAUGGGCCUGGUGUUCUCUGGAUCUAG